AUGGGUUGUGGCGGCGGCGUCAGUGAGCGGGGCGGCGAUGGAGCUUGGGCCUGCGGCGGGCACGGGGCGGCGGGCGCCAGCCGGGGUGAGCGAGGCCGGCAGGGGAGAGGGGAGCAGGGUGCGGCCCCGGACAAGAGCAACGCCGGCGAGGCGCGGGCAUGCCGGGGCGGGAUUGGGCGAGGCCAGCCACGAGCGACGGGGUCGAGCGGGCACGAGGAGCUGCGGGCGGCGUGCGGAAGUAGAGAGGGAAGAUGGGAGGCGGCGGCUCACAGGGGCCGAGCGAGGAUGGCAGCGAGCUCGGGGUGGUCCGGCGAGGCAGAUCGAUGA